GUAAUAUUCCUAUGCCGGCCGCUUGUCCAGACAUCUUCCGGGUUAACGGAGUUCGCCUGUGCUGCACAGAGCCAGGACUAUUUGCAAAGGAGGGGUGCUGUCUGUCCUGUUGAGCUCCUCCUGGUGUGUGAGUGUCGGGUGUGUGUGCACCAUGGCAAGCCUCCUACGUGUUGUGGCGGCCAGCUGCGCGGCCCCUGUGUUCAGCGGCGUUCCCUGUGUGAAGCUGCAGAGCGGCCAUGCUAUCAAAUCGUCAUGCCUUCGCUUUUUCAGGACCCAUCAAGCUCUUGGACGUUGUGCCAGUCCAGGUAUUCCAUACAAACAGCUCACAGUCGGUGUACCCAAAGAAAUUUUCCAGAGUGAACGUCGUGUGGCGCUUUCUCCCGCUGGUGUCCAGGCGCUCAUCAAGCAGGGCUUCAAUGUCGUCGUGGAGUCCGGAGCCGGAGAGCCCUCCAAGUUCCCAGACGAACAGUACGCCCAGGCUGGAGCAACAAUUAAAGACAUUAAAGAUGUCUUUUCUUCUGAUGUGGUGGUGAAGGUCCGCGCUCCAGUUUUCAACCCUGCUUUGGGCGUCCACGAGGUGGACAUGAUGAAGGAUGCAUCCACUUUAAUCAGCUUCAUCUACCCAGCUCAGAACCCAGAGCUGAUGGACAUGCUGUCCCAGAAGAAGGCCACCGUCCUGGCUAUGGACCAGGUGCCCCGAGUCACCAUCGCCCAGGGUUAUGAUGCACUUAGCUCCAUGGCAAACAUCGCAGGGUACAAGGCAGUUGUUCUGGCAGCUAACAGUUUUGGUCGCUUUUUCACUGGACAAAUCACAGCAGCUGGCAAAGUGCCACCUGCAAAGGUUCUGAUCAUUGGAGGCGGUGUGGCUGGAUUGGCAGCAGCUGGUACUGCCAGGGCCAUGGGAGCCAUUGUCAGAGGAUUUGACACCAGAGCUGCAGCUUUGGAGCAGUUUAAAUCUCUGGGCGCAGAGCCGCUAGAGGUGGACAUAAAGGAGUCAGGAGAGGGCCAGGGAGGCUAUGCCAAGGAAAUGUCAAAGGAGUUCAUAGAGGCAGAGAUGAAGCUAUUCGCCAAACAGUGUCAGGAGGUGGACAUUGUCAUCAGCACUGCUCUUAUCCCUGGUAGAAGGGCACCCAUCCUGAUCACCACACCAAUGGUAGAGAGCAUGAAAGAUGGGUCAGUGGUGGUAGACUUGGCUGCUGAGGCUGGAGGAAACAUUGAGACCACAGUACCUGGAGAGCUUUCAGUACACAAGGGAGUGACCCAUAUUGGCUACACAGACCUGCCCAGCCGUUUGCCGACACAGUCCAGCACUCUGUACUCCAACAACAUCACAAAGUUGGUACGAGCAAUCAGCCCCGACAAGGACAACUUUUACCUCGAUGUCAAGGAGGUGUUUGACUACGGGACCAUGGACCACGUUGUCAGAGGAAGUGUUGUCAUGCAGAAUGGAAAGAAUCUGUUCCCCGCUCCUCAGCCCAACAAUUUGCCCGUUGCAGCUCCUCCUAAACCCAAGUCCGUCCAGGAGCUGGAGAAGGAGAAGGCUACCCAAAUCUCCCCCUUCAAGGCUACACUUACCACUGCUAGCGCGUACACCGGAGGCGCUGCCACCCUGCUGGGUCUCGGUCUGUGCGCUCCUAACGCCGCCUUCACUCAGAUCGUCACCACCUUCGGCCUGGCCGGCAUCGUGGGAUACCACACAGUGUGGGGAGUCACUCCUGCUCUGCACUCUCCACUCAUGUCUGUAACCAACGCUAUCUCAGGUCUGACAGCUGUGGGUGGUCUGUCCCUGAUGGGAGGUGGCUACACCCCAACAAGUACUGCUGAGACACUGGCUCUGCUGGCUGCCUUCAUCUCCUCAGUCAACAUUGCUGGUGGUUUCCUUGUAACUAAGAAGAUGUUGGACAUGUUCAAGCGUCCUACUGAUCCUCCAGAGUACAACUACCUUUAUCUGCUUCCUGGUGGUGUCUUUGUCGGUGGCUACGCUGCUGCUCUGCAGUCAGGAUACAACAUUGAGCAGAUGAUGUACUUGGGCUCAGGUCUGUUCUGUGUCGGUGCCCUGGCUGGCCUUUCCAACCAGAAAACAGCCCGCCUGGGUAACGCUUUGGGUAUGAUGGGAGUUGCAGGGGGGCUGGCUGCCACUCUGGGCGCCCUCAAGCCGAGUCCUGAGCUCCUGGCACAGAUGAGUGCAGCCAUGGCUGUAGGUGGCUCUGCCGGUCUGGCCAUUGCUAAGAGGAUCCAGAUCACUGACCUGCCCCAGCUAGUUGCCGCCUUCCACAGCCUGGUGGGCCUGGCUGCCGUGCUCACCUGUGUGGCCGAAUACAUGGUCGAGUACCCGCACUUUGCCACCGACCCUGCAGCCAACCUCACCAAGAUAGUCGCGUACCUCGGCACCUACAUCGGUGGAAUCACUUUCAGUGGCUCUUUGGUGGCAUAUGGCAAACUGCAAGGUAUUCUGAAUAGCGCUCCCCUGAUGCUCCCUGCUCGUCAUGCUCUGAACGCCACCCUUAUGGCAGCCAGCGUUGGUGGGAUGAUUCCCUACAUGCUGGAUCCCAGUUACACCACAGGCCUCACCUGUCUCGGAUCUGUCUCUGUUCUCUCCACUGUCAUGGGCAUAACCUUGACAGCAGCUAUCGGAGGUGCUGACAUGCCGGUGGUGAUCACAGUGCUGAACAGUUACUCAGGCUGGGCCCUGUGUGCCGAAGGCUUCCUGCUCAACAACAACCUGCUGACCAUCGUCGGAGCUCUCAUUGGUUCAUCUGGAGCCAUCCUGUCGUAUAUUAUGUGUGUGGCUAUGAACCGUUCACUGGCUAACGUGAUCUUGGGAGGUUACGGCACAUCCUCCACUGGCACAGGAAAACCAAUGGAGAUCACGGGCACACACACAGAGGUCAACGUGGAUCAGACCGUCGACAUGAUUAAAGAGGCCCAGAACAUAAUCAUCACUCCAGGUUAUGGACUCUGUGCUGCAAAGGCCCAGUACCCCAUCGCCGAGCUGGUGAAGUUGCUGACAGAUGCUGGAAAGACAGUCAGGUUUGGUAUUCACCCUGUGGCCGGUCGUAUGCCUGGUCAGCUCAAUGUUCUUCUGGCUGAAGCUGGUGUCCCGUAUGAUAUUGUCCUGGAAAUGGAUGAGAUUAAUGAAGACUUCGCUGACACUGACUUGACCCUGGUGAUCGGUGCCAAUGACACAGUGAACUCAGCCGCCCAGGAAGAUCCCAACUCUAUCAUUGCUGGUAUGCCUGUGCUGGAGGUCUGGAAGUCUAAGCAGGUGAUUGUGAUGAAACGUUCCCUGGGUGUGGGAUAUGCAGCUGUUGACAACCCCAUCUUCUACAAGCCCAACACUGCUAUGUUGCUUGGCGACGCCAAGAAGACUUGCGAUGCCCUUCAAGCCAAGGUCCGCGAGAGCCAGAGCCAGUAAGGCUGGGGACUCCAGGGCUAGCAGAUGCCUCCGUUUAGAGCACUCAUGGAGGUAGAAAACAACCAGUCAAAGUUAUUCCAAAAAUAUCUCAGCAUGAAGAUCCUCUUUGUCCGAUUGUGAGUCAGCCGAUUGAGCAAAGAUGAUCACUAAGAUAAAAGGUUUUUGGCACACCCUUCCCAUCACCUGUAGAUAAGAGAAAUUGUAAUGUCUGUUGUAAAAAACAAACAAACAAAAAACACUUGUGCAGUAGGAGCAAAUCAAUGCAGAAAGCAGUUUUUCUAUUAGUGCUCCCACCCCAGUGUACCUAAAUACAGAUUCUUUUUUUCUCUGACACGUCUUUUAUUUCUAGAAAUCAAAGGAAGGGUAGAUCAACCAUGCACAUGUGGUCAGUCAUCUGGAGAGCAUCUGACAGUGUCGUCUUCAUUUUAGGCACUUAUAUUAAUGGAAAACAAUCAGAAAUAUAGAUGCAUUAAGAUGUUAGAUGUGUUAAAUUUCACUGUUAGGACAUUUUAGGAAAUAGUCAAUAGUCAGUUGAAAAGUAAAUCUUAGGUGCAUUGGAAUUGAAAAGGAACAAAAGCAGAGAUAUGUAAAGGUGAACCGGUGUGAGACACUUAAGCUCUAAUGUUUUUUUCCACACUGUAAAGACUGUUCUUUCCCCUUUUUUGCCCCUGUUUGCUCUUAUUUUAGUAGGAUUAUUUGAUGUUCCCUUUGAUAGAUCUAUUUGCUGAAAUGUUAAAGUCAUGCCUUCCAUUUCUGUACAAGUAAAAAGAAAAAAAGCAGAAUAGUUUAUGUAAAGUUUUUGUAAAGUUCUUUCAGUUCCAGAUUUAUACUGUAUUAAGAGCUUUUUGUAUACAGUCUAGUAAUUAUCAGAAACCUGGAAAAUGUUAGUGUGAUCACAUUUUAGAAGCCAUAGCCAGUUAUUGAAAUCUAGUCAUGCUAUUUGCUUUUUUUUCUUUUCACUUGAGUGUGUCUUGUGUCCUCCAUUUAUGAGUCUAGUCCAGCAAUCACACAUGGAUCCAAAAACAGUUAAAAAUCCAUUCAAACCUCGUCUAUCAAGCAUUUAAUGCAAUAAACCAAAUGGCUCUUUUAAGUAUGGGGCCACAGCUGUCCUGUGAGGCUAGUAAAGGCUGCACUACCCCUACAAACAAACACUCUUGUAGCUCUGAUAGCUGAAUGGAUUUUAUGAUGUUUUUGAACCAGGUGUGUCCCAUCAUCCUGUGUGGUGCUGAUAUCACAGUACAUGUGAAGCUAGCCGCCGGCCUUUACGGUAAAGAAAGGGGGCUUUUUUUUAAAGUGAAUGUGGCUCAUCCACUCCAAUAUGUGUGUCCUCAUUACUGCUCUGGAGAGAAAUGAAGGAUUACUGUUUGUAAAGUAGGGCCAGAUGUUAACCUGACUGUUAGUUAAGAGUCUAGCGCUACAAUGCAGUUAAUUACAUUUUUUUGCCACAUUUCAGAAUACAUGAAUUGUUCAACUUUAUUAUGAUGUGUGCAGUCCUAAAUGUUUUUUUCCUUUCUUUUCUUUUCUUUCCUUCCAACAUUUGCCAUAAACCUUAACGUGUGCCAAAACGUCCCCUUUUGCACUCAGUCUUGAUAGAUUCCACAGCACAAAUAUAGAUUGAUUGGUUGUUGUAUAACCAUGUGGCUAACUCUUGAAAGAUCACUGACACAAUAGCAGUAGCUCCAUUCUACAUCUGUCUUUACACAGCUGAGCCGACCGAACUAAAACACCAGAGACUUAGGUCCAUCGAGUGAAAUUUUUCUUGGCUCAGGAUUUCUGCCAUUCUUUUUAUUACUUUACAUCCUGUGAGUUUUUAUGAUCAUGAUACAGUAAAUGAAUUGGUAACACAUUUUCCUGGUAUAUGGUUUGAGGAACAAUAGCUCAUGAGGUGACAGGUCGGCAGUCUUUGACACCUUUUAAUAUCUAUUCAAGUACUUUAAUAAUAACUAAGUCAGUACUGUUAGAAGAAAGUUAUUAUAGUUUAAUUCUGGGACCUGAUACAUUGACCGUGACAACUAUCCUACCUCUCCAUAAAAUGACCAAUAACUUUCCAUCGGACCUUCAUUUGACCAAUAACCUUUGAAAUCUACCACAGAAUGUGUAACGGACCACCACACACCUUGAUUAACGUGUCCUUAACCUGACCAAUUGCCUCCUGUUGUGUGUUCACGUUGUGUUUGAAACCAUCAGACCUCAGUUUGCUGCUGGCUAGUUUACUGUAUGUUGUGCAAGUGAAGAGCUGCAGAUGUCAUUACUGCUCACGAGGGGUUAUUGUUCUUACAUGUCAAUUAACACAAGCAAAUACAGUUUUUAGGGAUUAUUAGAUUGGCAUGUCUGCUUAAUAGUUGUAGAUUCUUGCCAUUUUUUUGUAUUGUAUAGGUAUUGAUCAAUUUAAGGGAGGUGGAAAAUCAAAUUUUGCAAUGGCCAAUAUGCCCCGCUGUGCCCUUAUCUUUUUUCUGUAAAGAGGCUAUUUGUGCAGAGCAACAAAGGGGGUUUGAAGUUGUACAACGUUUCAAUGCACCAUGUAGGGAGAUGAGAUGUACUGUGAAUGUUUUCCCCCCUCUUGUUUGUCAUGGAACAUUUUCAUCCCUAAUAAAUGUGUAUUUACACUA